UACAUCAAAGAAAAAUGGCAACAUUAUAAUUAUAAACAACAAAUAAGCACUGUCAGUGCUAACUUAUCCAACUGGCAGUUCAGACAAUCGUCAAAAAAUAAAGCCGACAUCCUUUAAAUUGAAAAUUGGAAUUUGAAAAUUGAAAAUGAAAAGUUGAACAAUUCUUUAGAUGAAACUAAUCCCUACUAGCUCUUAAAUCGAAGGAAACGCAGUUUAGUGUGCGCUAUUAUCUCAACAGUUUGUAAACGACAGCAUAUUGAUUAACGACAGUAUAUUGAUUAAAUAUCGCAGUUUUACCCGGAUUAUUCACCUAGCAAAGAUGGCUGAUAACUCAGGUGCCGAUUUCAGGGGUGUUAUAACCACAGGCGUAAACAACUGUCAUACAGAAAUAGAACAAAUGCAAAAUAAGCUUACCCAACUAGACAACGAUAUAAAACAGUUGAAAGAUAGACUAAAGGGAUUGGAAUCCAAUAUCGCGAGACUCCAACAACAGAUUGUUGACCUGCAGGGGGAGAUUGAAAAAAAAAGGGUCGAUGCAGACAAAUUUGAAAAGAAAAAGAAUAACUCAAUUAAAGACGUAUUUGCGGGUGCAGCAGUCGGAGGAUUGGGACUACUCGCAACGGCACUAACAGGUGGAGCGGCUCUGCCGGCAGUACUUGCAGGCGCAGGUGCUGUGUACGGAACUGGAAAUGUAGUGAAAGCAGGCUAUUACAUGAUCAAAGAAGACACUUGCAGGGAACAAAUAGUAUCGCAUACUUUUGAACUACGCAAAUGUCAAGUUGAAAAAGAAAGAGUUCUAUACGAACUCAGUAGGAAGCACGAGGAAAGAAACGAUUUACUAGAGAAGAUGGGAAAACACUCGGUAUCGAAAGUUGAAACGACAUGCAUCCAGAAGCAAUUAGACCUCACCCAGAGUUUACGUAACAGUGGCCCUGACCUUCAAUCGACUGGCUCCGAAGACAAUUCAAAGUUAGGUCUGCAGUUACCAGCGAUUUUUCGAGAAUUACAAUUAAUAGAAACAAUGCCGGGAUAUGCCCUAGACAAAUCUGCAAACAAAGUUGUUAAGCAACUUGUUCAAGACGCCAUCACUGUUGUGAUGGAUUUUGUAAAGGUGUUUGAGAAUAUUGAUGCGCGACAAGCAGUCAUAGACACAGCGAAAACAAUAGAGACAGCUACUAAAAACAAUCAACGCGAAUUUGAGGCCGUCAUUAAAGAGACCGUGGACGAAAUUGCUAAACUGGAUGGGAAAGUUGCAAACAUUAAAACUAUGGAACUGCCAAGAGUUGCCAAAAAAAUACUCAAACUUACUUCCGAGGAAAGUAACCUAAAGAUUGCUGUCAUAAAGUUGCAGCAGCGAAUUGACCACUUACAACAACGGGAAGAGGAAGCCUUCAAUGGAGGAGCUUACGGGAUAACAGUGAUGGCAUUGGCGAGAGUUUUAAAUACGGUUACAUUCGGAUUGACAGACAUACUCUCAACUAUUGGAGGGGCGUUGGCUGGCAUUAAUUUAAACGAUAUCAAAGAAUGCCAAGAUGGUCGGCGACACGCAAACGAGCGCAUUGGGGAAAUUACAGUGGAUGUAACAAAACUGGAAACAGAGAGAAAUCGUUGGGAAAAAAAACUUGAAGCACUGAUGCAAAAAAUUAUUACUUCUAAAAUAUCUAUUCAUAACAUGGAAAACGUUAACAAGAUACUAGAAAAGCUGUUUGAGCAAAUAUCGGCUUUCGGCAGACUUGCAACUGAGCAGGUUGUGUAGGUCGAGAGGAGAUGCAAUCAACAUUCCGAGGUUUCUCCACAUACUUAUAUACAUUCUUUGUAUUUUCUUGUUGUUGACUUAUGUGUUACAUGAUGUCUGAUUAUUUGUAAGUAACAUGUAUGUUGAAAGUUUAUAACACAUAACCGAUCUACACACGUUUGAAUUAUUAAAUCGAUAACCUCUCUUACAAACAAUUUACGAAUUACUUUGCAUACUUUCAUAUUUAUUUUCAAAUGGUAAUCUUAA